CGUUCGGGCUUUUGCUUUUAAACAGUCGGUGAUGCUCGUAAUCUUCUUGUAUUCUAGCAUUGAUUAUAAUGAAUCAAAAGGCUCAUUCUCUUUUGUGAUUGCCAUUACAUUUGUUUUGUUACUCGUACAAUGAGCUGAAUAACAAAUCAAAUGUCCUAGCCUAUUUGAUAGAUAUCUUUAUGAUGUCCUUAUGUUGCCUUGGAUACCGCAUUGUAAUUGGCAUGAAAUGUACACAAACUAAUGAAGGCAAAUAUUCAAAGAUAUCUUGAUUUAUGGGGCACUAAAAUCUUUUAGAAGAAAUGUAAGCUAUACUAGUAAUGGGAGCAAGUCAUUCCUUGUUUUGCUCCGAUAUCGAUCACUAAAUUGACUUUUUAACGGACAUUGGUCAUGUUUUACUGCGAUGUUUUCUGUUGUCAACAUCACUGAGUGAAGAAGCUUCGUAUUAUACGCCCUACCCUGUAUAUUUUCUCUUAACUAACGUAUUGCAACGCUAUUUGGCAUUCAGGUAGUGGGCAAUAAGCAUUGACAAAACCAACGGACCGUUUCAUUGUUGUUCUGAUUGAGAACUUAAAAUGUCAUGCUGUACAAAGUUCAGAAAGGCAAUUGAAAAGAAAUGUGUUUGUUUCAAAUCCAACUUAAAAUACUUGGGUAACCUAGGAAACGUUGCGUGCCGGUCGUGAAAGUCUUUAUGGACAAUGACUGUUUCGUUCAGUACAAAAUUUAGCAUGUACAUACUGUACAUUCCUUUUUUUUUGAAUUUUCAAUCAUAAGAGAGUUACGAUACAUCAUUGAGAGGCUUCUCGAAGACAUUUUCUAGUUUAUUUAGCAUCUAUUUAUCUAGCUAAACGAAAGAUUUAUCUGUAAAACCCAAGACUUAAACUCCAAAAGUCCACAAUCGAAGAUGCACAAACCAUAUCGUCCAUAACAGCACAAGUCGACCGUAACAGCACGCCCAUGUCGCUCGAAGAAUGACAUGGAUCAACAACACGCUCAAUGCAAAGAAAUUAUCCGAAACAUUCGACCUAAACGUGUAUAAAAACGAUUUCGUUGAAAGAGCAACACAGUCAAAAUCUUGCGACAGAGGAAAGUCAGCGCGAAGAUGCUCUCUCUCUUACCCGUUUGUAUGGCACUUUACGUAUUUACGGUCUGUGGCAGCGAAACUGAAGUCUUAACUCCACGUAGGAUAUUGCGUAACAAUUUAAAAGGAAAGGAGCUUAACGUAAUCACUGGCCAAUUUAUCCCUGCAAUAUCUAUUGUGCGGAAUUCCUCCGGGCAUGUUGUCGGAUAUUCAGACUUUUUGUAUCAUCUACUCGUUUACUUGUCUCAGAGGUUAAAAUUUACGUAUAAAAUAUCCAUCAUUCGCGAGAACACCAAUGGAGUCAAACGCAAUGGGUCGUGGAAUGGUAUAAUUGGAACCCUUCAAAGAGAAGAAGCUGAUUUGGGAUUAUCACCAUUUGCUAUUUCUCUGGAACGAUAUGAAGCUAUCGAGUUUUGCGGAUCAAUCACUGGAGACUCAACCGGCAUUCUAGUGAAAUAUCCGGAGCCAAUUGUUUCUUCUACUAGUGCCAUUGAGGUGUUCUCUAUUGGAGUUUGGAUCGGAUGGAUCAUUUCCGCAGCAGCAGUUGUUGGCAUUUCCGUGAUUUUAUCUCAUAUUUCAAAAAAAUUUAAAGUUGAAGCUGAUAAAAGGGGCGUGGUAAGCCAUGAUAGUUUUGCUUGGUAUUUGUACGGUGUUCUCAUCUCUCAAGGGAGCUACCUACCGUCUUGCCCAUGGCCACUGAAACUUCUCGCGGCGACUUGGUGUAUCGUAGCUUUUGUCUUUGUCAACAUUUACAAUUCCACGUUGACGUCUUACAUGUCGGUCACGUACCAAAGACCCCUAAUCAACUCCUUCAGUGAUUUGGCAGCUAGUUCAACCUUCAAGGCUACCGUAUUAACUGGAUCCAUUCAAGAUAUUGAUUUAUUGGGAUCGAAUUCGGGGGUUCUGAAAACUCUCGCCGACAAAAUUCAAAAAUGUUCGCCAGAUUGUAGGAGAUUUAAUCUGAACGAAAUGUUUGCACUCGUUUUAGGUGAAGAGCCUUACGUUUCGAUAGUGCCGUGGACGGUUGGCAUAGCAGCUUUGAAGAAACACAACUUGGAAAGAGAAAAAUGCCGACUAGCUAUGGCCCACGAGACAAUGUCAUGGAAGCCGAUGUUCAUGGGUGUCCCCAAAACAAGUCCUUACAUAGAAGAAAUUAACCGAGAGUCAUUGUGGUUCAUCGAUACUGCAUUGUUUGACUAUUUGCAUGCCCAAUACCUAAAGAAGCCUUCACAAUGUCGAUUGAACUACAACGCUAAAGGUGUUUCGACCAAGACAUUCAAAAACCGAGUCAUACUGAAACAGUUCUACCUACCAUUCCUGAUUCUCUUUUGCGGUUAUUUUCUGGCUUUUCUACAGUUCUUGCGAGAAAAAGUGUGUUUUUUGAUUGGUUGGCGGUGUUAGUAAGUUUUCACAUUUUCGCGCAUUGAAACAUAUUCUGUGAUUGGCACGAUUGCAAAAGGUAAAAAAAAAAAACUGAAGAAAACUUUAAACUAAUUUAUUGUAGGUCACAUGGGCUUAAAUAUUGA